GGAUUUCUUUAUUAGCAACAGAAGUAUUUUCUCUGGGUGACUUCCAGGCAAGGAGACAAUGGAAUCCAGCAGGCAAGACUGAACGCACAAAUGUCCGUGGCGGAGAGUGAAACGCUGUCGUGGGACAUAGAGACACUAAAAAUUCAUUCAAGCAGCUGCGCGCGUGUAUAAAAGGGAAAAGGGAGGCGCUAGAAAGCGACAGGCGGGAGGGAAAUGGGUGACGAAAAGGGAAAAGAGGGGAAGCAGAUAGAGGAGAGAGGAAAGAAGGAAAAAGACAGAAAGAAAGAUGAGAUGCAAACGAAGACGAGAGAAACCGCGAGGAAUUGCAGAGGAAAGGAAGGAAAAAAUAAGCAAAGAAGAGAGAGAGGAAGAGAGGGAGAGAGACCAGGAUCUGGAAAGAAAGAGCGGGAAUGAAGAAGGAAAAUAAAAACACCGUCUGGAAAGCGGGAGUGGGCAGCUGCCCCCCAAAUAAGUAAAUCAAUGCAAAUACUUGACUGAGGUUCUGCCCCACCCACCAUAAAUCCUGAAGAGGCUUCUCGAAGUCCUGCCUGGGAGGGGAAAAUGCGCUGAGGGGGAAGGGAGGAUUUUUCGGGGGGUCUCGGAUUUAGCCCAGCGCCGGUAUCCCGGUCCAGCAGCAGCAGCAGCAGCCUCGCCUCCUCGCCGCCCGCUUUCGUCCUGUCUCAAAUGACCACGCUUCUAAUAUGUCCUGUGUACGCUGGAGAGGGCGCAGCGGACGAGGCGCAGGAGACAGCGGCAGAGAGCAUCUUCUAGCGCUGAGCACUGGGCAGUGAGUGGUCAGCGGCGGGAGGGGGCAUGGAUUUAUUUCUAGGGGCAAAGCGUCACGGGUCAGCCACGCACUCGGGAUUUUUUAAAAAUCCCCUGUGCUAUGCCACAUGCAUAAUGACUCAAGUUGUGAUGUGGCGUCGCGGUUUUAAAAGCCUGGCUCAGGCUGAAAUGGUGCCACUGAUAACUCCGGGCAUGCAAAUGGCACAAUUUCUUACGGCAAGAAGUAGCACCAGAAGACUCUUUUGGACCUUACCAGGGUCUCAUCUUCUAGAGGAGAAGAAAGACUGCGCCUGAGCACUCUCAAUGGGGGCAAGCAACAAUCGGGGUUCCUGGGGAUCGCAAUUUGUUCUGAUUUAGAGCUAUAGAGUGGGAAUUACCUGGGAAAGGAGCGCGCAAGUGGGAAACCGCUGAGACCCCGACUUUCUAGGCGCAGGACAAGAGGAAGUGUGGGCGAGCCCUUGUACGAAAGGCAUUGGGCUGAAAACAAAGCUCUCUUCCCUCCUGGCCAAAAUGAUUGUGGAAGUCCCGAGCAGAAGGCUCCUGGUCAUCCUGCUCUUCACUCCAUGGAUCUGUACUUCAUUUGGAAAUUUAAGUCAUGGAAUGGAGAAUCCAAUAUAUCAGGUGAACGGAAUCAUGGGAGAAUCAGUCUUGUUUCCUGCCAAUGUAUCUCAAGGAAUAACAGUGGAGAAAAUGGAAUGGGACUUCUACCCCCAAAGGGGUGGCCUGGGCUUUUGGCUGGGGGAAUUCAGCCACGGUAAGCUGGAGCACCCAAGUCCCACUGACCAGUUUGGACAGCGGCUAGACAUGGUGGACGAGACAACACUGAGGCUCAAAGACCUGGAGUUGGAUGACAGUGGGAUCUACAAUGCUCGCAUCUGUAGUACAAUCCAAGACUCCAGAAGGCUGCACUGUGUCCUUACAGUGCCAGGCACCUGUAAAGGAGGAGUACACUAUCUCCUGGAAAGAGGGAAUCCCCCCAGGGUCUUAGUAGGAGGUUUGGAUAAGUACUGGCUUUCUGACAAUGGAAGGAAUCUCCGCAUCUCCUGGCGAAAAAGCUCUUCUGACUCCACAUUCACUUGCCUGGUCAGCAAUCCUGUUGAUCAAAACCGUGCCUCAUUUGACUUGCUCAAAAUCUGUGCAAGUGGGGAAGGUGGACAACAAAAGUACUGGGGGAUCCUGCCGCUUCUCGUCUGUGCUGUUGGAACUUCUGCAUGUUUGAUAAUGAUAUGGAAGAAGAAGAAGCUGGGAAAGAAGAAAGAUGCUGCUUCUGCGAUGCAAGCUCAAGAGGCCUCUCCUGCGCCCUUCCUCAGAGGAGACCCACGAAAAGAUGGUGAUGACCUACUGAGAUGAACAUGCACAGUAAGGAAGGCUGGAGGACCAGAUGAGAUGUUUGGAAGUUACAUAAUACUAUGGCAUUAUUUUUUAACAUUUGUUAGUACUACUAGGAGUAGUCAGGGCUUCUUCUUUUUUCCAAGCCAGAACGCACCGGAACAGAGUUCAUUUAUCUAUCACCUUGAAACACCAUUGCAGGGGGUUGGACCAGAUGACCCUCAAGAUCCCUUCCAUCUCUUCAAUUCUAUGAUUCUAUGAAACAAAUCAUCUGAGAGAAGUGGUUGGCUACUAGCCAGGAUGGCUAUGCUCUGCAUCCGUGGUCAAAGGUAAUAAUGCUUCAGAAUACAAGUUGCUGCAACCUGCAGGAGGGGAGAGUGUAUCAGUUUGAUUUCAUAAUACCAAAAGUAUUGAUCUGAUGAGUAGAGAUCUUUCCUGUUCUAAUUAUUCAAGAGGGUUCUGGAAGCUUCUCUGUGUGAAAGAAGCAAG